AACAGCUAUGUGGGUUGCCAUCUUGGUGUUGGUGAGUGUUCUCGCACAGCAGAGCAGCGCCGAAGCAGUUUGCCGUCCAAGUGGCAGAUAUCUAACCGCUAACCCACGGGACUGCCGCUCGUACUACUACUGCUUCGAGGGCAAAUCGUACGACGGAAUCUGUUCACCAGGCCACCGGUUCGACGAGCGGCGCCAAUCAUGUCUACAGUCGACGGUAAACGAGUGCUCGUCGUGCCCAUCAUCCGGAACCAUCAACAUGCCCCAUCCAACGUCCUGCCAGAAGUUUGUCUUCUGCUUCCUGGGUGUUGCCAGCGAACGCGAAUGUCCGGCAGGGUUGCUGUUCAACAAGCAGCUUGGCCAGUGUGAUGUGAGCGCUAAUGUGGUUUGCUGA